CCGUUAAAAUGCAGAAGGCACAACAUAGCAUCAGAUAACAGAUGCAUUAAUAUGAUAUCAUAACAUAUUGUGUUAGGUCUACGCCCGAAAUAUCCAAGUGCUGAUAAACAAUGUAGUCUUUGAGACAUACACAGCUCCACCAAGACAAGAGGGUGAAAGAUGAAUAUCUUAUAUUCAGACCUGAUCCUCAAUGUCUCACAAGAAAAAUUCAUGAUCGAGUCCACAAGUGAAAAUCGGAAAGAAGCCCUGUUUAUCGACAGAGUCACCCAUGAGCUCGAAAUCAAGGCGAUUGCCAGUCAAGUGGAGCGAUUGAAUUUUACCGAGCGCAAAUCCAUAGCGGGUCUCUUGGGAAUUCUCGAACUGCCCUCGGGGCUUCAUCUCCUCAUUGCUCGAGGGAGAGACAAGAUCGGCGAGAUCACCCCGGAAAAUCAUGGCGUGUACCGCAUGGUUUCGGCCGAGAUCCUCGCCUUUGCCAAGAGCACUAAUCAUCUAUCCAGUGCCCAAUUGGAGGCCAAUUCCGCGUACUUGUCCAUGGUCGAACAAGUCCUGUCCACGCCCGAGUUCUACUUCUCGUAUUCCAUGGAUUUGUCCCAUAGCUCGCAAAGACGAGCGACUUUGGGCCCAAACGGCUUGAUUCCUUCUGUGAUAUCCCUGCAUAGCAAAUGUGAUUCCCGAUUCGUAUGGAACCACUGGCUGCUCAAACGAUUUCUGGCCUUGGGCGAGCCUUUCCUUCAGUAUUGUGUGCCCAUACUCCAUGGGGUGAUAUACAUUCGGAAAUGCAGCCUAAAUGGGAAAUACUUCCGAUGGGCCAUGAUCGCUCGGCGAUCCAAUCGUCGAGCUGGAGUGCGGUAUUUCCGGCGGGGCUGCGACGAAUGGGGCCAAUGUGCCAAUUUUGUUGAAUCCGAGCAGAUUGUGGAGCAUUGUGAAUCCUGGUCCAGUUAUGUCCAAACCCGCGGGUCCAUCCCGCUGUUUUGGACCCAGUUACCCAAUGUGAAGGAUCGGAAACCUACGCCAAAGCUGGAGGCUGAAAAGAAGCACGUGGAUGCGUUUAAAAAGCAUUUUUUGGAACAACAGGCUUUGUACGGAGGACAGGUUAUGCUCAAUUUGGUGGACCAGCACAAGGCUGAAGGGGACUUGCAGCGUCACGUCAAGUCCGUGCACGAGACGGCCAACUUGGCCAAUGUGCAAUACGUGGCCUUUGAUUUCCAUGCGGAAUGUCCCACCAUGAAUUGGGACAAGCUGUUCAAUCUAGUUCGCGAUUUGAGCCCUCAACUACUUCAACAGUCGCAUUUUUACCAAACCACCUCCGGAGGCGUACUUUCGAGGCAAAUUGGAGUGUUUCGCACCAACUGCAUUGAUUGCUUGGAUCGAACCAAUGUCGUUCAGUCUCUGAUUUUCCGUGAGAACAUUCAGUUAGUGCUGAUGAAAAUGGGCGUUUUGGGCGAAGGCGAGCCCAUUCAGAGCUUCCCUCAUUUCAUAGACAUCUUCAAUAACGUCAUGGCUGACAUAGGUGACAUCCUGUCCAUUCAAUAUGCCGGAACGGGUGCCUUAAAGACGGAUUUUACCCGUACCGGCAAGCGGACCGUUCCGGGCAUGCUGAACGACCUGAAGGUCACGGUAAACCGCUACAUUAAGAACAACUUUUUCGACGGAUUCCGUCAAGACGCCAUCGAUCUCUUCCUCGGUCGGCAUCAAUUUAAUCCAGGUGCUCCUGACGCAAUUGAACCACUUACCACGUACACUCCAUUGCACGCCCUAUUACCCGUUUGUCUCAUUUUGAGCUUGGGCAUGUUGCUCCUAACGGCCUUCAGUGGUGGCGAUUGGGCGGAUCAAGGGACGUGGAUUUACCUGGGGUUUUGGUUGGCCGCCAUUUGCGGUGUUCUGGCCUUGCUUCGGCGACAAGCCGAAGAGUACGUGAACAAGCCCCGUUUGAUCGUUGUGUGAUUUCAAAAACUUACUAUUGAUCGUGUCGUUAUUCAGAUUUUUAGAAUACUUUCACUCCUACAAAAGAGAA